AUGAGCGCGCCCAUCACUCGCAACGAAUGGAAUGCAAAGCUCAAGCACGCACAGGACCAGGCGCAACGGGCCACCAAGGCCGAGCUGGCCCGCAACUUCUCGGAAGCCUUCGAGCUCUAUGUCCGGUCGGGCCAGCUCUUCCUUUGGCUGCUGUCCAACUUUCCAAACACCAGCAACAAUGCCUCUUUGACAGCACCUAGACAGAUAGACGGCUUCGGCUCCAGCCCAUCGAGAGCAGGAGCUGACUCCACCUCGACCAGCCCAAUUGUUGAUGGUGGUUCCUUCGGCGCAGGUGACGGCUCAACUCGCGAGCGUCUCAAGCAAAUGGCGACCAAGGUCAUGGCUCGAGCUGAAAAGAUCAAAUCACUACACAAGGACUUGCGGCCUGUCGAUCGCGAUGCUCUGAGUCAAGAAGAGCAGUCUACCAUUCUUGUCAGCUCGUCUCUGAUCAACGGCCACCGGUACCCAAUAUGGAAUGGCGCCCCAUCUCCCAUUCAAAUUGCCACUCGCUCAACGAUCAUCGACAAGGAGCAACCAUCACUAUCACCGAUUCAGCUUCGCAAGCGUACAGUCUACCAGAGAGCCUCGCAGAUCAAUGCAAACGAUGAUCAGAGCUGGUCGACGAGUCUCAAAGGCAGCGACAUCGUCCAGGACAUCGUCACUGACUGCUCCUUCGUCGCCGCCCUGGAAGUUGCCGCUGAGCACGAUCGCAUCUUUGGUGGGAAGCUAGCAACUUCGGCACUAUACCCAAAAGAUUCGUCCGGCCGCAUAGAGCCGAGCUCUGACGGUCAAUAUCACGCCAAGCUUCACAUCAACGGCACACCACGUCAGGUGUCCAUCGACGACCAUCUCCCUUACUAUCCUUCCGAGGCCUCAUCAUCUUCGCCUACAGCAUCGAAUUCGGCUGUCCACCCAUACCGCUUGAUGUGCGCGACUUCACGCUCCGGAAAAGCCAUCUGGCCGGCUCUGCUCGAGAAAGCAUACCUCAAAGUCAUGGGCGGCUAUGACUUUGCCGGUUCCAAUAGCAGCAUCGACCUCUAUGCAUUGACUGGCUGGCUGCCGGAACACAUCUUCCUUCGCCAUGCCGGUUUCCAACGCGAGAAGUCGUGGCAGAGAAUUCACGAUGCGUGGAAUGCUGGUCUAUGCAUGGCCACCGCAGGGACCGGCAAGAAGCCUUGUCGCAAAAAGGAAGAGGCUGGUAGCCAGAUUGACGACAAUAUCGACAACAUCACGCUCGACUCGGGCCUGAUCUCCAGCCACAACUAUGCAAUCUUGGAUGUGCGCACGAGUGGGAAUCGCCGCUACGUCAAGCUGAUGAAUCCAUGGCGCACUGCCGCUGGCAUCAGACCCGCAUUCGCCAUCUCGGAGGAAGAAGAGCAGCGUGUUUACGCCAGCUCAUCGCUGAAGGAAAAGUUGGGAGGUGUCGAGCUGGACGCGGAAGAGAAAGAGGCUGAGGUUCCAUUGACCUUCACGGUCUCGUGGGACGAUUUCUGCAGUCACUUCGACUCGCUGUUUCUCAAUUGGGAUCCCGAGAUGUUCGACAAGAGCGUCACGGUGCACUCAUGCUGGCGAGGCGACCCCUCUUCUCAGUCGCCAGGAGCUCCAACAUCAGGCUCGAAGCAGUUUGACCCCCAUUUCAGGCUAUCUAUCGCUCUUCCUCCCGGCCAGAGCAGCAGCGCCGAGGCGGCCGCCAGCGAUCCCUCUGCUGAAGUCUGGGUCCUCCUGACACGACACAUCACCACCACCAGGCCAACUCAGGGGGCAGUCACGGACACCGCAGAGGCACCCACAGAAUACAUUGCGAUCCAUGCCUUCGAGGAUGACCAUCAUUCCUCCGACAGCGAAAGCUCCACUACGAGCGCUGCUCCUGCUCUGCGUCAGGCCAAGCACAAGGGUGCGUUUGUAGAUGGAACGCAUGUCCUCGUGCGCCUCAAGCCUUCUGCUCUGCGCGAAAGAACCCCAACACAGUCCAAACACGCCGCCAGCCCCGAGCGAGGGCCCCAGCAAUGCAGCUUCACCAUUGUCGUGCCGCGCCGCAGCGAGCCCACAUCGUCAACCGGAACGCCGCAGCAGAAUACAGUCAAGGACACCAACUACACCUUGUCCGUCUUUUCACGGUAUCCGAUGGAGCUCUCCGAGCUCCGGACUCGAUUGCCGUACUGCGAAACGAUCAGCGGCUCUUGGACAACCCGCACUGCAGGAGGGAACGCGACGCUGGCAUCCUUCCUGUCCAACCCGCAGUACACGUUGGUAAUCCCCGCCAACCAGGGCGAAGUGCAGCUGCAGCUCACGCUCGAGUCCGCCGACCGACGCAUCCCGGUUCAAGUGCUUCUCACCUAUCCUGGCACCGGGACUGGCCGCGUGACGCAUCUGACCGAGGGCGACGUCGUGUUGAGCAGCGGGAUGUACCAUCACGGUAUGGCGCUGUGCUCCACCUCCCAACCCGGCAAUUCCGGUCCCGCCCUGCGACCCGGAACCUAUACGCUGAUCGCCUCGACCUUCGACGCCGGUAUCCUGGGCGACUUUUCGUUGCGAAUCGAGUCGACCCGCCCCGUGCAGCUGCGACCCAUCCCGCAGGAAGGAGCGGGAAUGUUCCAUCGCCGACUCACGUCCCGCUGGACGCGCGGUGUCAACGCGUGUGGAUCGCCUACCAACAGGGCCUACUUUGACAAUCCGGGCUGGCGCUUCACCCUCGAUCGCCCGGGACUCACCGGUCUUGUCGCCCGGAUUCGAGUCGAGGCACCAAGGACAGAGGCGGUGAGACCGUACGUCAACCUGGCCCUGUUCGCCGAAAGUGGGGGUUUCAAGGAGGUCGCCAGCAGCGGCAGCUAUACGGACCUCACGUGCGGCGCAAGCGUAGAUACCAGGCUGCCAGCAGGGACGUAUCGGUUGAUCGCAUCGACCUACCAGCCAGGAACGCAGGCGGACUUCACGGUGGAUCUGUACACUGCGGCCAAGGUCGACGUGGUCCCUCUCUAG